AUGGGCUUCUCUCGCGUGCUCAGUGCCUUUCGUUUUUCCACGACAAACCUCGUGCGAGUUGGUAAGCGGUUUGAGGCGCGGUCAGCGACCAUCGACCAGUUCCAAUGGAGCUACUUGAUCCGACCCGCGGCCGACCCAACGAGUCGAGAAGUCGUUGUGUUCUUGCAUGGACUCGGGUCUUCGAAAGAGGCCUGGCAGACCGACAAACGCGGCGACUGCACGGAGUUCUUCGAGUCGGAGCUCUAUCCGAACAACAAAGUGCACCUUGUCGGCACUUGCAUCGGUGCAACGGUUGCAGGGCUCUACGCUGCAAUGCACCCGACGCGGGUCAAGUCGCUCGCGCUCAUGUGUCCGUGGGGCAUUGCAGUCCCCACGGCGACAAGCGCCACACUCAGCGACAUGGAACUUCUGGACAAACUCACGUUGCAAAGCCCAACAGCUACUUCCGCCAGCGAAGUGGGCGAGUGGCGCGACCCCACAGUGAACGUGAAGCACAUGCUCCGUGCACUUCGAGCGCUUACGACAUACAAACGCGGCCGCGAGUGGCAAGUGCUGCAAAAAGUCGGCAUGGAUACACUUGCGCACCCGUCGAUACUCGAAGACAGCCUUGGCAGUAUUCGAGCGAGGACGAUAGUGGUCUGGGGCAAAGAGGACGCAGUUCUAGACGCUGCGUGUCUCGAGGUGAUUGACGACAAGCUGAACGUGACGCACAAACACGUGCUGGCGCUCGAAGACUGUGGACAUCUCAUCACCAGUGAUAAGCCGAGCGAGUGCAUCGAUCUGCUCAACCGGUUUCUUGGGAACUUGCAACUUAGCUGUUCACCUGCUCUUGCUGAGCAAGCGUCUGCCAUGGCUUUUGAGCCCCUUUUGCCAUCGCAGGACUAG